UUUUUCAUGGUUACUGGAUCAAAAAGUACAGAUUUAACAUCUCACAAAAUGACAGCAGAACGUGAGAAUUGUAUUAAAAAUAAGUUCCCAUACUACUUCAGGGAAUACCAACAUACACAUGAAACUACUUUUCUCUGAGAUCGACUUAUCUCAGACAGAAUGGUUGACCAGCUCCAAGGAACAUGGAAGUCCGUUUCUUGUGAAAAUUUCGAAGAAUACUUGAAGGAGCUGGGUAUAGGAAGAGCCAGCAGGAAACUGGGCUGUUUGGCAAAACCCAUUGUGACCAUCAGUACAGAUGGAGAUGUCAUCACAAUAAAAACCAAAAGCAUCUUUAAAAAUAAUGAGAUCUCCUUUAAGCUGGGAGAAGAGUUUGAGGAAAUCACACCAAGUGGCCACAAAACAAAGAGUAAAGUAACCUUAGAUAAGGAGUCCCUGAUUCAAGUUCAGAACUGGGAUGGCAAAGAAACCACCAUAACGAGAAAGCUGGUGGAUGGGAAAAUGGUGGUGGAAAGCACUGUGAACAGUGUUAUCUGUACACGAACAUACGAGAAAGUAUCAUCAAAUUCAGUCUCAAACUCUUAAGGCUUUCUCAAGCUGUCCUCCAAACUACUGAGGUUGUUUAAAUAAAACUCCAAAGUAAAAUAUUAAAA